UAACUUUUCAAAAGGCAACUAUUUUAUAAUGUUCUUUAUCAAGUACCGUAUUUUUUGCUCCGUAGCUUUUAGAGGAGGGAAAACAAGAAAAAAAAAUUUUGACCCAAUGGACUGCAGACAUAUUACAGGAGAUGACCAGAGACUGUGGACACAGUACAGGAGAUGACCAGAGACUGCUGACAUACUACAGGAAAUGACCAUAGACUGCAGACAUACUACAGGAGAUGACCAGAGACUGCAGACACAGUACAGGAGAUGACCAGAGACUGCAGACAUAGUACAG